AUGGGAUUGAGCAGUAAUUUCAAAAAGUUUCGUACCAUCAGAAAUGUCACCGGAGAUGAUAUUAUCGAAUAUUAUAACUUUGCCGUAGAAGAAUGGGCUACGAAGGAUAUCGUUCCACUGGAAGCUGAUGUGGUGUACAAGGAUAAAAGCAUGGAAGCUUUUGCCAAUGUGAGAUAUCUAAUUUUACCUUCUUCGUUGAAAAAAUUAGCAUAGAA